AUGGGAUGGGAUGGGGGUGGUCACUGUGCCUUGUGGUGGAUACUGAAGCCGACGGCCAAGAUGAAACAGGGUUCGUGUCUGACUUACAAGCUCACACAGGAGAAUGUGGGCCAAGACCUCCAGAGAGCCGAGACUGAGAGGAACUCGAAUCCAGAGGCCUCGCAGACGGAGCACCACCAUUGCACCAGCAACCGCCUGGUUUGA